AUGGCGGACAGCGAAUUUGAGGAAUUUCGUCGAGUAUUCGAUAAACUACCACAACAUAUAAAGGCACCCACGCCUUUUUAUUCGUUAGUCCCGAAUGUUGGUUUGGAAGAUGAAUCUCCUUCGUCCAAGAGUGAGGCCUCUCAAGAAGAAGAAAAUGCAGAUACUGAGACAGCAAAUACACAAACAGAUGUAUCUCCUAUUAAUCAAACGGAUAUAACAGACGCACAACGUAGCCCACACCAUCAGUUCGCGACUGGGGAACGACGGAGAAGAAAAUUGCCUGAAAUACCCAAAAAUAGAAAAUCCUUAAUGUCAUCAAGUCAACCGUCUUCGUUAGCUGAUGAAUUAGGAGCCUUAACUGGAGUUAUUAUACGACCCGGGUGUCAAGGGCGGCCCCUAUUAGUUCUUAAAUGUGGAUACCUUCUUGAUGAGGACUCCAGUCCAGACUCCGAAAGAUUACAAAGUCUUGGAGAUGUUGACAGCGGACACAGUACCGCCCAUUCACCAAUUGAUACGGGUCCUAAGAGCCUUUCUCCUACUCCUCUACAACAAAAUGUAUCACCGACGUCUAGUUGUAGUAUCAGCGGUAUUAACUUUUCUGGCAACAUGACAACCGUUCCUCACAGCCAACUAGAAAUGUUAGAAGCGACGCACAGAGGUUUACACAAAUUUAAUCCUAGGCAUCAUGAUGAAAUUGAAGUAGAAAUAGGUGAUCCUAUAUAUGUACAGAAAGAAGCUGAGGAUUUAUGGUGUGAAGGAGUUAACUUGCGGACAGGUCAACAGGGCAUAUUUCCCUCUGCUUAUGCAGUUGAUAUGGACUAUAACGAUUUCGAUCCUGCAAAUGCGAAAAUUAAGAGGGAAAGAUACUUAUUAGGUUACAUGGGUUCAGUGGAAACAUUAGCACAUAAAGGUACUGGUGUUGUUUGCCAAGCAGUAAAAAAGAUAGUUGGUGACAGUAAUGGAGAUCCAGGUGCACAGGCGUGUAUUUUAGAAGUCUCGGACCAGGGUCUUCGCAUGGUCGAUCGUUCCAAGCCGGAUAGAAGUCGAAAUGGUCCUUGCAUUGACUACUUCUAUUCCCUUAAGAACGUAUCUUUUUGUGCGUUCCAUCCUCGUGAUCAUCGAUAUUUAGGUUUCAUCACAAAGCAUCCUACGUUACAAAGAUUUGCUUGCCACGUGUUUAGAGGUACAGAAUCUACUAGACCAGUUGCGGAAGCUGUGGGACGGGCAUUCCAGCGUUUUUAUCAGAAAUUCAUAGAAACAGCAUAUCCAAUAGAAGACAUCUAUAUAGAUUAA